UAUUGCAACCGGUUAUUUCAUACGAUUACCGGAAAUUAAAUAAAAGUGCAAGCUCAUUCUGAUCGACAUCGCCCACACGUUAAAGUGUUGACUAAUACGGGCAAGGAAUAUAAAUUAUUCCUUCCUCGAAUCGAGGGAGGCUGAAAUCGUGCAUAUGAUUGAUGUGUGUAAAAACAUACUAUAACUUCUUACAGAUUCGCGAUGAUAUUUUAGAUCUUAUACUUCCAUUUACCUUUUAAAAAAUAUGGCUAAUAAUAUCGGUUGCAAUUACAUAAUCUAUCGAUAUGCAAAUAAAGUACGUUGAAAACAAAUAUCACGUAACCGGUAUAAUUUGAUCCGAACAAAUGAACAAAUAAGAUUAUGGUAACCUGCUUCAUAUUUUGUUUUCAAAGAUAUGUACGCGCGAUGUGCUGUAGAUAUCGCAAAUAAUCGCAGAAAAGUUCAAACUUCAAAGUUUACAUAUUGGUAUUUCGAUUAUGGAGAACCUGGCUCCCAUUAUUCACGAUAUAAGAUGCGAUAAUGACACCGGUGAUGUUCAGUCUUGCUUUUACUUUCAUUGGUAACGUGUCGUGCUCUAUACGUUCAAAAUGCUUUCAUCCGUUUUCGGAAAACAAUACAAACUCCAAUCGAGUGAAAAUUUUGAUGAAUUCAUGAAAGCUUUGGGUGUAGGUAUAAUGACGCGUAAAAUGGGUAGCAGCGUGAGUCCUGUGAUUGAACUAACAGAGAACAAUGGAGUGUAUACGUUGAAAACGACUAGCGCAUUCAAGAACUCUGAAAUAAAAUUCAAGCUUGGUGAGGAAUUUGAUGAAGAAACAGCAGAUGGAAGAAAAGUGAAGUGUGUCUGCACUUUAGAUGGAAAUAAACUUAUUCAAGUACAAAAAGGAGAAAAGGAAACCACUAUUGAAAGAGAAUUCACGCCGACAGAAAUGAAAGCGAUCAUGAAAGUUGAUGAUAUCGUAUGUACAAGAGUAUACAAGGUUCAAGAAUAAAGAUGUUAUUUAAGGAAAUAAUGUUCCUUAAUGAAUUAAAAAUUGAUUAAUGAUGUUGAAAGUUGUUCUCGCUAAUUAAGGGCAAUAUAUUGUUUUCAUAAAUGUAAAAAAAAAUAAACUUUUUACACGCAGAAUAAUACAUAUGAACGCAUGAAUAUGAUACAGCUGGUAUUAUUUUCAAAUAAAGGUUUAAUAUUUCGCAGUAUGAUACGAUAUAUGAAUACAAUGUCAUUCAUAUUCAUAUACGUAAGACGGAAAUUAUGUUGCAUUUUGAAAGUAUCAAAUAUUUCUAUAUUUUUUAUGCAUCUUUAAAUGUUAUUCAUAUGCUUCCAUCUAUGUUAUAUCCAUUAUGGAUAUAUCGAACGAAAUUUCAGAACAAAUAAAGAAUAAUUUUGAA